GACAGCGCACCGGUGGUAGUGUAAGUGCGUUUAUUUGUUUUUUUCCUGAAUGGUUUAGAAAUGAAAAAAACUGACCAAAAUCUGAAUUGUGACCACCGUUUAGCAGGAGAACAAAACCAGUGAUUACAACAGUUUAGUGAUAAUCUAUUGACUAUUCGAUUCAUCGUGUUUGCUCAACACCUGCCACCCUUUGUUUUUUCCAAGCGUCGAGAGAGAAAAAAUCACUAAAAUACGCUAGAAAGUUUACGAAAAUUAGAGACUAAUGGAAGAUUCUGAAGCCUUAAGUAGGUGGAGAACUAUCAUACAGUAUUGCAAAGAGAACUGCGAAUCAUUCGUAGACGAUUCGUUUCCCCCGGCACCGAAAAGUUUAUAUUACAAACCAGCAUUGUAUGUUCAAUCUAGUCGUGAUAUUCAAUGGCGUAGACCACAUGAAAUAAGUACCGAGGGUGGAAGCAAUCCCCCCUGGGUUGUCUUCAGGACACCCCAUCCAUCUGAUAUAUGCCAAGGAGUUUUGGGAAAUUGCUGGUUGUUAAGUGCCCUGGCAGUUCUCGCCGAGAGGGAAGAUCUUGUGCGAGAAGUGUUAAUAACCAAAAGUAUAUGUCCUCAUGGAGUGUAUCAAGUGCGACUCUGUAAAGAUGGCAAGUGGGUAACUGUUGUGAUCGAUGAUUUAUUACCAUGUGAUAAAAGAGGCAAUUUAGUAUACUCACAAGCUAAGGGAAAGCAGCUCUGGGUGCCCUUGAUAGAGAAAGCUGUUGCGAAAAUUCAUGGCUGCUACGAGGCGCUAGUGUCCGGGAGAGCAAUCGAAGGAUUGGCAACGCUAACCGGGGCACCAUGUGAGAGUAUACCGCUGCAACCGAGCUCGAUUCCACUACCAAGUGAGGAUGAUUUAGACAAGGAUCUCAUAUGGGCGCAAUUACUUAGUUCAAGAUUAGUAAAAUUUUUGAUGGGUGCAAGCUGCGGUGGCGGUAAUAUGAAGGUGGAUGAAAAUGAAUAUUUAAGUAAGGGACUUCGACCAAGGCAUGCUUACUCGGUUCUGGACGUUAAGGAUGUCCACGGACAUCGUUUACUGAAGCUGCGUAAUCCAUGGGGUCGUUACUCAUGGCAAGGCGAUUGGUCGGAUGAGUCUCCCCUGUGGAAUGAUGACUUGCGAGGGUUGCUGAUGCCGCAUGGAGGAUCUGAGGGCGUUUUCUGGAUCUCAUUUGAAGAUGUUUUAAAAUAUUUCGACAGUAUAGACAUUUGCAAAAUUCGCACCGGCUGGAAGGAGGUUAGAUUAUUAGGACGGGUGCAACCGCUUUGCACAUUGCUUUGUGUACUCUUGAUGGUGCACGAGCCUACAGAAGUAGAGUUCACUUUAUUUCAGGAAAACCAAAGAAAUUCCGAGAAAUCUCAAAGAUCCCAACUGGAUCUGUGCGUAGUCGUAUUUAGAACGCGUGAUUCAACGAAUACCAACGUAGGAAGGUUAGUAGAGCACAGUAAAAGACAAGUUCGCGGUUUUGUUGGCUGCCAUAAAAUGCUGGAAACAGAUUUGUAUCUCUUAGUUUGUUUAGCUUUCAACCAUUGGCACACAGGUAUUGAGGACCCGUCCAUGUAUCCACAAUGUGUUCUGGCUAUUCAUAGUUCAAAAAAACUGUUGGUUGAGCAAAUCAACCCACCAUCAUACCUGCUAGCAGAUGCCAUUAUCGGUCUUACUCUAGCGAAGGGACAAAGGCACGAGGGCAGAGAAGGUAUGACGGCAUAUUAUCUGACAAAGGGAUGGGCUGGCCUGGUGGUUAUGGUCGAGAACAGACACGAGAACAAGUGGAUUCAUGUGAAAUGCGAUUGCAACGAAAGCUACAAUGUUGUUUCCACUCGUGGGGAGCUGAAAACGAUCGAUUCGGUGCCCCCGAUGCAGCGACAGGUCAUUCUCGUACUCACCCAACUCGAGGGCAGUGAAGGAUUCAGUAUUGCACACAGACUUACCCACAGAUUAGCGAACUCCAGCGGAUUACACGACUGGGGCCCACCUGACAGUUUGCAUUGCCCAUCGAUUGAUGGCGUCAUCGAUCUACAUUCUCCUCGUUUAAUAACGUAAAAAGCGUUUUAUAAAUAAAACAUAAGUGUCGGAAAUACA